AUGUCCAUGCGAGAUCGACUUGACCGAUUGGUUGCCGGGUCCAAGUCAGCAGCUCGCAAAUUCGGCCAAGCAGUAUUGCAACCGCGUUAUGCGUCUAUUGUUUUUGCUGGGGCAGAAGUGGGCGUCAACUUGCUGCCCAUGCUGGCUCCUAUUGUCAACGUGGCAAAGGAAAUUGUCGAGAUGUGUGAGCAGAUGGAAUCGAAUAAGCGAGCUGCGCAACAACUCACUCAGAAGUGCUCGGAUUUUGUGACGACCCUCGAGGAAGCAUUGAGGCCUAAGUUUCCUUCGUUGACGCUCGAGGAGAAUAUAAGACAAGCUCUCGCCAUCAUAAAGCUAGUAGCCAUCCGCGUCAAGGCUUUGACUGAAAAGCAUAAAGUAAAGGCUUUUUUGGAAGAGCAGUAUAUCGCAAACGAAAUCGGCGACUGUAUCAGCACGCUCGAUAGGUGCCUGUCCAACCUUUAUCUUCAAUCUGGGAUGGCAAUCAUUGAAACACAACACAUGUUCGAGAGAAACAGGAUGAGGGACCACGAAGAGGUCGUGGAUCGUAUGUCUACAGUCCAGGAUACCCAGAGUGCCAUACUUCGGAUCACAAGGGAAUAUCGCGAGGAUAUACGGAAUUUUCAAGCAUUCAUGCAGGAAAUAUUGGGACAGUUGGAGAAGACGAACGAUCCCAGACGUUUCGGUCUUGCGGCCAAUCUUCACCUAUUAUUACAAGAGACUGGAGACCUCCUGCCCAACCUUCAUCUAGAACACGGAGAAGUACAGGUUUCCACCACCAUGCUUCGGACCACGAGAGAGCACAACGUAACCGACUACUACCUCGGGACCUUUCUGGGAAAGCAAAAGGUCGUCGUGAAGACAAUCCGUAGUGCACUGGCGGACAAUCCCGAAUGGAUAAGGCGGUUCCGCCGCGAGGCAGAAGUAUGGACAAAAGUCUGGAAAGAGGACAAGGGAACAUAUACCGUGCCUGUCCUGGGCUUUGUGAAAGAGCCACACACGGAUCUUCCAAACAUGUGUUUAGUUUAUCCAUACUAUGAGCACAACGCUCUCGAUUACGUUCGGAACAACGAUACCACCGAUCAUAUGCGUAUUCUUCAGGGGAUCGCGAAGGGCCUAGCUUUCAUGCACGAUAUGGAUGUCAUGCACGGCGACGUGCGCGGGGCCAGCGUCAUGAUAGAUGAGCACGGCAAACCCCUCCUUUCUGAGUUCGGCUUGUCCAAGAUCAUCGAGGACGCCAAUAAGAACCCGACUGUAAUCUUGAGCUGCGAGCUGCAGCUCUCCCAAAGGUGGGCGGCUCCCGAAGUGCUUGACGGAGGGAUGCAAAGCAAGAGCUCCGACGUCUUUUCGUACGGCAUGACCGUUCUCGAGCUCCUGACCCACGAGGCUCCCUGGUACUAUCUGCGUGACAAAAGCACCUUUGCCUUCACCAGCAAAGUGGUGCGUGGACAGCGCCCGGAAAGGCCGACGCUUCCCAUAAUAAGCGUAAGGGGCCUUAACGAUGCCGUCUGGGAUCUUUUGCAGAAGUGUUGGGCGGAGAACCCACUUGAAAGGCCAGACAUGCACUCCAUCGUAGAGUCCCUGCAGGCGCUCAAGCAUACAUCUCGAUAA